UUUUUUUUUUAAAAAAAAAACGGUGUUUAUAAGAGGUAACGAAUUUUAUAAUUCGUGACUUCUUAUAACACUGAUUUAUUAUUUUUUAAUAUUAAUUUUAAUGAUUUAAAAAAUGUUUCUCCCUGCAGAAAUACUUCAAGAAAUUUUUAACUAUCUGGAUAUAGGUCAUGGUGGAUUAAGUUCAUUAUCUUCAUGUCUUCUUGUGGACCAACAUUGGUGUUCAAAUACAGUUGGAAUUCUUUGGUCGAAACCAUUUUAUUAUUCGAAUACCUUUACAAAAAAUCCAAGUUCUUAUAAAAUAAUUGAUACAUAUUUAGCAUGUUUAGACGAAGAAACCAGGGAAGACUUGAGAAAUAAUGGAGUUAAUUUACCUGUUAUCUUUAAUAAACCAUUUUUCAGUUAUGAAAUGUAUCAUAAACACCUUCAUUAUCGUACAUUCAUUUCAUGCGUGUAUCUAUGGGUACAAGAAAAAAGUGCCCCUAAUGAUGAUAAUUUAUUUGAACUCAUAAUGAAAACCUUAUUAAAAUUAUUUAAUGAAUCAUGUAAUAAUUUACAAAGAACAUUAUACAUUAUGACAGAACUUAAUCCAAUGUUUUAUGUUCAAUCUGUACAAGGAUAUUUGAUUUCAAACGUAAACAGGAUAUGGGUUGAUUUACAUAUGCCUCGAUUUUUUGAUCUCCUUGCAAAGAAUUGUAAAAGAGUGGAACAAUUUGGCGUUUUUAUGAAAGAUGUAGGGAGAUUUAAUGAAAUUGGAUCUAUUGAUGUGGCAAAAUUUAUAACAGAACAAGAAGCAUUACAAUCAUUUCAAAGCAUAUAUCUUACUUCAACACAAGAUGUUAUUGAUGCUUUAAAAUCUCAAGCACAUUCUUUAAAAUGUGUCGAUUUUAUUUGUACAAAUUUUCAAGGUUGUUAUUCAUUAGAUGGAUUGGCCGCUUGUAAUAAUCUUGAAAUAUUAAGAUUUAAGAAAUGUUACAACAUAACAGCAGAUAUUGUUUCACCACUUUUUGAGGCAUCAUUUCCAAAAUUAAUUGAUUUAUCAGUGAUCGAAACUGAUUGUGACGUUCUUCAGAGAUGGGCGGAGAGUUAUUAUUUAGUAUCUGAUGAUGGAUUUCAAGAUGAAAGAAUUGAAUUUGAUCUUACUUAUAUUAAAGAACUUAUGUUAAAUAACAAGAUGUGUCAUCUAUGUAACGAAUCUUGUAUUUAUCCUUUAACUACAGCAUGUGGGCAUACAUUCUGUAAAGAAUGUAUAUUUUAUCAUUUAAGCAUAUACGAUCAAUGCCCUUUAAAACAAUGCAGAACAGAAUUACCAAAUACUAAAUAUUUUUAUGAACAUCCAUGUGAUCCGAAUGAUGCAAUAAUUUCGGAGGUGAGAAGAUUAGAAGCUGAAAGUAAAUUACUUGAGGAAAUGCCGAUUAAUGAUGGAUAUUUGGUUUUUCCUAAGAUGACAUAUAAUUUUGACGUUACAGAAACAAAGUAUCGUUUACUUAUUAAAUCAUGUUUAAAUUCUCGUUAUCGUAACAAAUUUGGUAUGUUACUUUCAAGAAGAUGCGAGUACGGAACUCUUAUGGAGAUAAAACAAAUUGAUUUUAUUGAUGGAAGAAAUAUAAGAUUUCAAGCUGUAGCAACAGAACGAUUUAAAAUAUUAUCAAGUGGUGGAAUAAAAGAUGGUUACGAAAUUGCAAAAGUUCAAAUUAUACAUGAUGAACCUGAAGAUGAAGGGAAAAUAAUUGAGGAUCAUCAUUCAUCUGCUGUUUCAAUUCAUGAACCAACCACAUCACAACUAAUAAAUAUGGCACGUGAAUUUAUUCAUCACAAUGAACUGGUUUCAUUGAUGUUCCAUAUUCGUCAUAUUCGUAAUCUAGCAACUUCUUUAGGUGAAAUUCCGGAAAAUGCGGCCGAUUUUUCAUUUUAUGCGGCUUUACUUUUACCCAUUAAUGAUGAGGAAAAAUAUGAACUUUUGGAGAUACGAUCUGCAAAAGGACGUAUGAAAAUGGUGGUUAAUUGGAUUGAUGAUUUGAAGUCUCAGUGGGGGGCCAGUAUAUUAAUAAAAGAUUUCUUAAAUUUUUAUGCUUUAUGUUCUUGGAUUAUAACUUUUAUUCGAAAUCUUUAUCUUAAUUAUUUCUUAUUUCGAUAAUUAAGUAAAUAAUUAAUAAUUAAUAAUUAAUAAUUUUUAUAAAGAAAAAAAGUUAUGAUUUUUUAUUUUUUUUAUUAUUAUUAUAUUU